AUGAUGAGGUUGCCGACUUCAGCUGUUGGUCUUCGAACUAUCGCCCAACGAUCAUAUGCGACAUCAAAUCGGGUCCUUCUUUCAAGUGCGCGACCCAAUGCCAGAGUCAAUGUCAACAAGACUGCAAUCUCCCAAAUUGCUCAACGUACUUACGCAGAUGUCGCUCCUGUUACUGUCAAGAAGCCAAAGCGAUUUAGAUUCUUGAGAUAUAGUUGGCGUCUCACAUACUUGUCUUUGAUCGGAGGGGCCGCCUAUCUUGGAUAUGAAGUUUGGGAACUUCGACAUCCAGAGGAGCAAUUCCAGCCAGAUCCAACCAAGAAAAACUUGGUCAUUCUUGGUACUGGAUGGGGUGCUGUUUCUCUUUUGAAGAAACUCGACACGGAAAACUACAAUGUUAUUGUUAUCUCCCCACGAAACUACUUCCUGUUCACCCCUCUUUUGCCAUCAUGCACAACCGGUACCGUCGAGCACAGAUCUAUCAUGGAGCCUAUCAGAAGCAUAACCAGACAUAAGAAAGCUGCUGUCAAAUUCUACGAAGCCGAAGCCACUAAAAUUGACCCCGAGAAGAAGACUAUCUCCAUCAACGACAACUCUGAUGUGAAAGGAGCUUCCCACACAACCGAGGUCUCAUACGAUAUGCUGGUCGUCAGUGUUGGUGCAGAAAAUGCAACUUUUGGAAUUCCUGGUGUCAAAGAGCAUUCUUGCUUCUUGAAGGAGAUCGGUGACGCGCAAGCAAUCAGAAAGAAGAUUAUGGAUUGUGUAGAGACUGCCACUUUCAAGGACCAAUCUCCAGAGGAAGUUGAACGUCUUUUGCACAUGGUUGUCGUUGGCGGUGGACCUACUGGUGUCGAAUUCGCUGGUGAGCUUCAAGAUUUCUUCGAUCAAGAUAUUAAGAAGUGGGUUCCAGAAAUUAGCGACAAGUUCAAGGUUACUCUCAUCGAAGCUCUUCCAAAUGUUCUUCCUAUGUUCUCCAAGCAAUUGAUCGAAUACACCGAGUCAACUUUCAAGGAAGAGAAGAUUACUAUCAAGACUAAGACGGCCGUUAAGAAGGUCACUGAUAAGACCGUCGAAGCCGAGGCCACUGGACCAGAUGGAAAGAAGUUCACUGAGGUCAUGCCUUACGGUCUCCUUGUUUGGGCCACCGGUAACGCCGUCCGCCCUGUUGUCAAGGAUCUCAUGGCACAAAUCCCCGCCCAAAAAGACUCAAGGAGAGGUCUCGCCGUGAACGAAUAUCUCGUUGUUCAAGGAACCAAGGAUAUUUGGGCCACUGGUGAUUGCGCAGUUGCAGGAUAUGCACCAACAGCUCAAGUAGCAUCACAAGAAGGAGCUUUCUUAGCCCGUCUCUUUAACACCAUGGCAAAGACCGAUACCAUCGAACAUGAAAUCCAAGAGUUGAGUUCAUCCUUGAACCUUGGUCCUGGAAACGCCGCCCAAGUCGCCAAGGAUAUUGAAGCACAUGAGAAGCAAUUGAGAAGAAUUAAGGAUAUCAAGCCGUUCCACUACACACAUCAAGGUUCCUUGGCAUACAUUGGUAGUGAAAGAGCCGUUGCAGAUGUUAGCUGGUUAAAUGGUAAUUUUGCUACCGGUGGUAAUUUGACAUAUUUGUUCUGGAGAAGUGCAUACUUGAGCAUGUGUUUCAGCACGCGCAAUCGUGUUUUGGUGGUUCUCGAUUGGCUCAAGUCUAAGACUUUCGGUCGUGAUGUUUCUAGAGAAUAG